UUCCCCGCCACUUCACGAUCCGCGACUCAACUCAACUCAACUCGUCCACCUUCGAUCAAGGCACCGUCUGCAACACUACCAUACACCUGUAGCUACCGACAGAACAACUCCCCUCUGCAAUCAUGGGCUGGUUUUGGGCAGACGCACCAAAGACCUCUCCUGCGGCCGCUCCCCCAUCAAACCACCCCACCACGGGCACCCCACCACCAUCAUGCCCGAUGCACAAGCCGGACACCUCAGCCGCCGCCGCCGGCGCAGGGCUCCCCUCGGAAUGCCCAUACACCCCGGAAGCCGCCACCACCGCUGGGGCCGACGCGGGCGAUCAGACCCUGAACCCACUCAACUUCAUGUUCAGCAACCUGCCGCAGACACGGUCACCGGGGCAGAAGAUCGCGCUGCCGACGGAGCGCGAGGCCUCCACCAUCCCCAAGGGCGACGGCUCCCUCUGGGAGUACCCGAGUCCGCAGCAGAUGUACAAUGCGAUGCGCCGCAAGGGCUAUGAAGACGCGCCCGAGGACGCCGUGGAGAGCAUGGUCGCCGUCCACAAUUGGCUCAAUGAGGGCGCGUGGAAUGAGAUCUGUGCGUGGGAAGGUAAGUUUGGUGGCGGUGUCAUGGGGUACAUGGGCUGGAAGGAACGCGAGAAGGAGUGGAAUCCGAGGUUGGUUAGGUUCCAGGGGAGAAGGAAGGAUGUUACGCCGAAAGCACAGCUCUAUGGCUUCUUGGGGAGGAUCAUGCCCGAGACCUUUGGUGGUGAGGCGCCGUUUGAUCGCCACGAUUGGUAUGUCCUUCGGAAAUUUCCCGGCGAGGAUGCACCCAGGGAAGUCAGAUAUGUGAUCGACUACUACUCUGGGCCACCAGAGCCCACGGGAGAGCCAGUGUUCUACCUCGAUGUCAGGCCAGCGCUCGACAGACCGGGACUUAUGAUGGAGAGGAUCGUCAAUUGGUCCGGCGACGUCUGGGAGAGGGCUUCCGGCCUCGACGUGAGGAGAAGGGAGCAAGAGGAGAAUGCGAAGAGGAAGGCUGGGAUGUGAAGGGACGCGGCGGCUCCUUUGCUGUAAAAAUGGGUUUCGUGUAGGAUAGAUUUGGUUGUGGGCACUGGGGAGUCUGGCAUAGCCGCUGUUAUUUUCAUCUUCUCUCUUAUGAUAUAGUUCACCUUGCUUUGCAGAGUAUAAUGUUACAUACAAUGUACUCCUGUUUUCUUCAAUUUUUUAUUGUUUAAUCACAACAUUCGACC